AUGGAGGUGGUGGGUGAUGGCCUGGGGCUCAGCAAAUCUUCAGUCAGCAAAACUGUGACAGCAGUAACACCUUUGCUGUUACAGCUUAUGAAGAACAUCCUGAUUUCCCCCCAAACUCCUGAAGAAAUCCAGCUGGCCAAUCAACAGUUCUACAGUAUUGACAACAUCCCCAGAGUGAUUGGCAUCAUCGAUGGCACCCUUAUCCCAGUGUCAAGCCCUGAGGUAAUUGAGCCCUUGUACAUUUGCAGGAAGGGCUAUCCAGCCAUUAAUGUUCAAAUAGUGUGUGAUCACCAGGGGAUGUUCACUGACAUUGUGGCAAAAUGGCCUGGAAGCACACAUGACUCUUUUGUGUGGGCCAAUUCUGCAGUUUGCCAGGUGGCUGAAGAGGGUGGCUUUGGUGAUAGCUGGCUGCUGGGAGACAGUGGAUAUCCUCUUCGCCCAUACCUCCUGACACCUGUGCAGCAUCCAGCCACCAUUGCAGAGGAGAGGUUUAAUCAGGCCAAUGGAAGGACACGCUCUAUAGUGGAGAGGGCUAUAGGACUGUGGAAACAACGUUUUCGCUGCAUCAGCAAGUCCAGUGGUGGCCUGAAGCUGAACCCCUCCAAAAGCUGUUCUGUAAUUGUGGUAACUGCAAUUCUCCACAACAUUGCAGUCAAGGAAAAUGUCUCGCUUCUUGAGGAGGAAAAGAGGGGGGUCAUGCUGGUGCUGAUGGUGAGGAAGAUGCUGCUUCUGAUGAUGAUGAUCCUUUGA